AUGGACGCCGUCGGCAAAAGAAUCCUUGACACAACGAACUGCAUUAACGCUGCCAAUACCACACUGCAGCUCCAGUGUCUCCAGGAAGUCCCGGCGGCGACUCUCUCGGUUUUGGGGGAUCCUGCCCGUUACCUCGUCGUAGAUAGGAUCUAUCUCGUCUCUGACGGGCUGGAAGUCUGGGCCCAAGGCAUGUUGGGCUCGAAUGGUAUCAAUCUCCGGGUUCACUUGAUGAUGGCCAUCACGGCACAAGACAGCACGUGCAUGCAUAUCUACCCUCGCAACGACACCGGUGUCAACGGCUACAUUGGCAGCACGAUUUUUAAGGUCUCUCUGGACCAAGGAUUCUCUGUGCGCAAGAUAGUACGCUCUGCCUCCAAGAAUCAAUUGAUGACAUGA